AGUGACGAGUGCUGUCGCCUCUCGGACUGACACUGGCAUUUGCUGUCACGUCUCCGUCGGUUCGUUUCGUGACGCGAUGACUCCGUCAGGGAACUUCUCGUCCGGAUGCUUGCAUGUGACUUCGACUGUGAUAUAAGGCGGACUGUCUUUUUUGUGGUGUCAACGAGGAAUGGAUAUUUCGUUUGAGGGACCGUUCGAAAAGGAGCUGGGAGGAAUUCGAAAAAAAACGCCAGCUUAUCUAGGUUGUGGAGAUGAAUUAACGUCGAUAAACGUCGACAUCGGUGUGUGUUAAUCUGCAUCUCGCCAACCGUUUUCCUGCCUUUAAAUGAACUUUGAUCAUCCUAAAUCGCUGGUUCGUGGACGUGAAUUAGCCAAGGGCGUCGCCAUGCCACAGGUACAAGACCUCGCGCCGGCCGAGUCGGGAGGCGUCGGGUCGAAGCGGCAGGGCACCAAGGACGGCCCGCUCAAGGUUGCGGUAAUGGAGGGCGCGGGAGAUAACGCGGCCCCGAAGCCUACUGCGCCGAAGGACGCGACUGAUAAAGCGGCGGCGGAGCAAGGCAAGGAGGAAAACGGCCAGACGCCGGGGCCCGAGGGAGAGGUGAAGCUGCGGAAGAACAGCAUCCAGGAGCGGCGAAAGGGCAAGGGCUUGCUGGUUGGGUCUCAGGUACUGCGAUUACCUGUGCAGAGGUCUGCCUCAUCCCCGCGCCUCACGUCGGAGCGCGGGGAGCAAAUCUCCCUGGACCCCUCCGUCCGGGACCGCGCGCCCUCCCCCACGUCCUCCAGCAGCCCCAACCAAGGGGGCCCAAGAAGCCCCGCCAUGAUGAUGCUGUCGCGGGUCUUCAGCUUCCACAACGCGCGCUCCCCUAGCAAAGCCUCCCCCUCGCCGCCGUACUCCCCGGUGUCCGCCUCCUCCCACAGCCCGCAGAAGGACUCGCCCCAGCACCGCCGCAGCCUCCACUUCCCCUUGCCCCACAGUCCGUCGCCCACCGGAGGGAAGUCGAAGUUCCCCAAGUUCUCCUCCUCAGAAGGGUCGUCGGCCAAGUCGUCCCCCACCAAGUCGUCCCCCACCAAGUCGUCGCCCACCACGACCUCCCCGUCGCAGUGCAGCCGCUCGGAGCCGGCGACGCCUAAGAAGGUGUCUCCGCUGAACUCGAAGUCCCGAUCCAGAUUCUUCCUGCCGUCGCCGCCCGUGUCUCCGGUGCGAGCGACGGUGGAGCGAAUGGGCGACACGGGCGGCAUCCUGUUCCGCCCAAGCAGCCACCGGAGGAACCUGCUGCACCGCCGCACGCUCUCCGAUAACCUCGGCUUCAACCUGGACAACGUCAACUACAAGCAAAUCGAGAAGACCAGGAAGAGGAGCCGCGAUGACAUGGAAUGUGAAAUGAUGAUGGCCAUGACGUCACACCAAUUAAGGUCGAAGGGGGUCGAUGGCGGCCUUUACCUCCCAACGCAGACUCGAGAUGACAGGAGUGAGGCUGCAGGAGAUUACAUGCUGGAGCUGCUGGACCGGAUGUCGAAGUACCGCUUGGACGACCAGCGAUGCUCCCUUCCGCACACCUUCAAUCAGCAUCCACAGCAGGGGAUGCGCGACGGGCCAGGCAAACCCCCGCCGGACAAGGAUGAGACUCCUGCCAAGACGUCCUCCAGACACCGCCUCGAGGAGGUCCUCGCGCAGGAGCCGCCAUAUCCUCAGGUGGUGCUUCCAGCCACGGGCGGCUACUGGGACGAGAGCAGUACGGACAUGGACCACCAGUACGCCAGCACGAACUCCAACAAUAAGUUCGAGACGGAUGAGACGGCGCGCUACUACAGAAGGUUCUUCAUGGGGAAUGAACACUGGACCUUCCUGGGCGAGGAUGAAGUCCACGGCCCCGUCGUGCUGAGCCACAAGACAGAGGUGAUCAGCUCGCAGGAGAACACCCGGGUCCUCCUGCGGCUUAAGACGGGCACGCACCACGCCAUCAUCAACCUGGGAGACAACCCGACGCCGGCGAAGAUGGCUAAGCGCCUGAAGGAGGAGCUGACGGUGGAGCGGUUCCAGCCGGUGGUAACGCCGCGCGGACCCGAGAUGAUCGUGUCCUACGACGAACACGUACUCGUCAACCACUUCAAGUUCGGCCUCAUCUACCAGCGCGCCGGCCAGACCACUGAGGAGCAGCUGUUCGGCAACAAGACGCACUCAGCCGCCUUCGAGGAGUUCCUCAGCCUCAUGGGACAGCGGGUCAAGCUGAGAGAUCACGAAGGAUUCAAGGGCGGCCUGGAUACCCUCUACGGGCAGACGGGCGAAGAAAGCGUCUACGAAGUGUUCCGCGAGAAGGAGAUCAUGUUCCACGUGUCCACGCUCUUGCCAUACACGGAGAACGACCCUCAGCAGCUGCAGCGCAAGAGGCACAUUGGCAACGACAUCGUGGCCAUCGUCUUCCAGGAGGGCAACACCCCCUUCGCCCCCGACAUGAUCGCUUCGCACUUCCUUCACGCGUACAUUGUGGUUCAGCCGAUCGAUCCCUGCACGCCUAAUACCAGUUAUCGCGUGAGUGUGACAGCAAGGUCGGACGUACCUUUCUUCGGCCCCACAUUGCCUUCGUCGGGAGUGUUCGAGAAGGGACCCCAGUUCAAAGAGUUCAUCCUCACCAAGCUCAUCAACGCCGAGUUGGCAUGCUACAAGGCCGAGAGAUUUGCUAAAUUGGAGCUGCGCACACGGUCCUCGCUACUGAGUUCCCUCGUUGACGACCUACGUCGGAAGAGUAACGAGUUCCUGGGAAUCGCUGAAGUCCAGGAGCCCCCGAAGCUCGAGACUCCCGGCACGAGGUUUACCGAGAUCGUCAGGAAGGUCCUCCGGGGCCGCCCGCCAAACCAGGACCCUGCUGGCUUGGUCAAGAAGACGACGGCUACCAACAACUCCAACAACCUGGCGGGUGGAACGCCUUCGAGUUCCCGCAGCAAAGGAAGCAAAGGCAGCGGAGGCAGCAGCGGCGCCCGGACGCCCACCUCCAGCCCAGACACAACGCCCAACACGCAGAUGGCGUUGUCGGAGAGUGAUGAUUCCUCCAUCAACUCGAUCGACAUUGACGGCCAUUCCCAUCCUCUCAACGAGGAUUCGGACACGGGGCUAGAGUCCAUGUCCUCCGCCGAGACGCCCCACAAGCUGUCCCUGCACUGUCCUCUCUGCGGCGGCAACGAGGACGGCGUGUGCGCCCUCCACGCCGACCCGGAGACGAUCCUUCGGCAGGUGGACACCCUCAAGCAUGAGAUCAACAAGCUCAAGUGUGACAAGCUGGAUCUCCUGCGUCAAAAUGUGACAUGCCAGAGAGAAAUCAAGAAGUUAAAGGAGAAGGAACUGAAGCUGGGCGGAGAACUCAGCAACGCCAGCAAAGAGAUCAUCAGAUUGCAGAACCUGCUGAAGGACCUGGGCACCGGCCAGGUCUCCGCCGUGUGAACAAAGGCCAGCACAGGUCAUCGUGUUGUCUUACUUGUCCAGGUGUUGGAGUGACCGUGGAACACCUACAGGUCACAGGAACCCUCGGGGCCAGCGUGAAGUUUGGCGUCAAGGAUGAGAAGCGAGAACGCAGACUGCAGAUCUUUGGCAUACCCAGUACCUUCUUGGUGAUGGAGUGGGUGGAAUUGGCUUCUUAAAAAUCGUUCAAAACUGAAGAGAUAUGAAAGAGAACAAGCCCAGCCCUCGGACCUACACGCGAUUUGUAGCUUCCAGAGGAUUUCGUAUAUUUUUUAUGUUAUGUUUUUUUUUUACUCAUUAAUUUGCUGAGGUACAUUUCCUAUUGUCCUAACACUCGUGCAGGUCAGAAAUGUACAGUUGUUCAUGAAUAAGUCAGGCCGGAGAUUUGUACAUCUGUUUGGGAUCAGCAUUGGUCAGGUGCUUGUUCUGAUACCAAAGUUAUGUCUUUAGUGUACAACUUCUGAUUUGCUUCAGUGUGUUACCAAAGGGAAAAGAACGACUUUCGGCCUGCAAGACAAGUGCUGCUGAGCGCAUGCACCGCUGUCAAGAAAAGACAAGUUGUUUAAGCAUUUAUUCUAGUUUAUUUCAUACUCUGAGCCACCCAUGCUGCAUUUACAGGCAGAUAUUUGAUAUGUAUUUCACCUUAUUGUGCUUGUUGAGAUGGACACAUUACACCUCAGCUUCCCAUACCAAAUAUUUAAUUUUAAGUUUGCUAGGGCAAGCGCAGCUGCAUGCCCGAAGAUUUAGUCAUUCCUAAAUUUUUAUAAUGAACAUAUUUUACUCUAUUAUAUAAUACCUGGUCAUCCGGGGCAAAUGUGUGGUAAUGAGGAGAGUCUUUAAUUCGUGCAAAUCUUGUGUUUCCCUUUCUUUAUCGUCUCCUCUUGCCCGAUCCUCGUGUUUCGCUGCACUGUGAUGGUGUGUCGCCAGAGGGCGCGGGGCGACUGUUGGCAUGGUAACCCAGGAUGACAACCUGGUCGUCCAGCCAGGAUCUCACGCUCAACAAUAGUAACUUUUCCAAUGUUUUAUAGUCGCGAGUGAUGCUGAUACUUGGGGAGAGAACGCAUACGUUAUGCGAGCCGAUGAGAUGUAUGAUGCUGACCAUAGAUUAUCAUGUUGGUAGUGGUCAUUCUACUAUUCCAUUUUGGGAGAAUCAUUAUCUCAAAGCCUAGUAAUUUCCUCCAUUGGAACUCUAAGUUAUGACGGUUAGUCUGGAUUCCAAGUAAUAGUUGAUUACACACUCUUUCAAGUAGUAUUUCAUCACCAUUACAUACACGCAGCACAGUUGAAUAAAUUUUGUGCUACUACUAAUAACUGCUUUCGUUGUGAUGGAAAGCUUGUGACCUGCCUUUCCCAUGUUAAUAGCACACGAGUCACGUUAACCCACCAAUAUAUUGUAGUCUGGUAACCGGUGAGGAACUGCGUCGUCGCCUGCCGUGGCGGCAUCCACGAAGUCUUAAGAAGUUAUCCUGGCGUUGUCUUGUGAAUGGCGUCCGUUGCACCUUCACCAUCAUAUCAGUACGUCUGUAACUCUUUGUAUCCGUCAUAUGUCAAUCCCGUAGGCUCUGUUUAUUCCAGGUUUGAAUUAUGUGUUAUAGUUAUUUUGAGCAUAUAUGAUACACGGUGUUUCUCUGCUGGAGCCAUCAAGGACUGACAUGUGAUAAAAGUGUGGGUGGUUCGAGAAAACGUCUUGGUCAGUUUGUCAGGGGGAUGUUGGCCCGCCGCUUCGCCAGUUCACGUGUCAUUCUGUUCAAUUUGGCAUGAGUUUCCUGGUUGGCUGUCAGAAUUCGUCUAUGAUUUUUUGGUGAUUCACUCUCUGUCAGUGCACUUCAUUUCGUAGUCAUCCUGAUCAAGAAUUGGUUUUCUUUAGCGUACCCGAACGAACUGUGCCACAUCGCCGGUAAUCCUUACAGUCGGUAAAGGUUCUCGACCUACUCUCAGCCUCGGAGCGGGUAAUUGGUGGACACAGGCUCUCAAAGCCAAGCUUACGAGUCUGCUGUUCACUUAGCAACAGUGACGGUUCAGGAGGUCCAGCAAAGCGUCCUGAGUGCCGUUCAACGCUGUUCGCGAGGGGGAAGUAGUGUGGCAUGGUUUACCUCCCCAAAUGUUGCGUUCCAAUAUAGGUGUGUUACUGUGUGUACGAUGUACGGCGUGGCGACCAGCUUGUCCGUUAACAUCCCUGAUUACAUGUCACUAUAAUCACUUGUCAACUGUAACAGUGUGUUGGUGUACGACUGCACACGUUUUGGUGUUUUAGUGUAGAGGAAAGUAAAAGGCAUUGCCACCACAAAAUCCAACAUGCCGGGAUCCGUCAACAAGAAAGGCUGUAUUUCCCCCAUCCAGCUGUCAGGUCUUACACUAAAUAUACACAACUGAACCGCCUAUGAUUGGAGAAGAUAUGUACAAAAGAUUUUAUUUUGCUAUUGUAGUUAGUCUCUCUGACACACCCAAAAGGCAAGGUGUAAAUAUUAGAAAAAAUAAACUAGAUCACAAAAUAGUACAGACAUCAAAUGUCUUUGUAAAUGCUCAAACAUCUAAGAGAGCCAAAGGUGUUUAGCCUGUUUUAAAGUCUGUUCAGAACAUUCUAUUUCACGCGCGUAUACCGGUACAUUCUGUGUAGCGUGCAUAUAUGUGUAUAUAUAUAUAUA